AUACUCUCAGCCUCAAUCAUGACUUCAACACCGGAAAAGACGAGUUCACCACUCGAGGAGACGGAACGUGGCCAAACUGUACAGACAGUCUCGCCGCCGCCGUUAGCUGCUCACGACCCGAAAGCAUUUCCGGAUGGCGGCUUACAGGCAUGGUUAGUUGUUGCCGGAGGCUUUUGCGCCAUCUUCGCGAGCUUUGGUUGGAUAAAUUGUAUCGGCAUCUUCCAGAAUUAUUAUCAGUCGAAUCUGAUUUCGAGCUACUCGUCGAGUAGUGUGGCCUGGGUCCCCUCUACAGAAUCGUUCAUGAUGUUUUUCUGGGGACCGGUGGCAGGGAAAUUGACAGACUUUUGGGGCCCGCGCGUUCCGAUUGUCAUUGGUACCUUUUUGCACGUUUUUGGCCUCAUGAUGGCUUCGAUAUCGAAAGAAUACUACCAAAUAUUUCUGUCGCAGUCUGUCACUAGCGCUAUUGGCUGUAGCUUUCUCUUCUAUCCGAGCAUGACAGCUUGCGCUAGCUGGUUCCUGAGACAUCGCGUUCUUGCCAUUGGCAUCAUGGCUUCCGGAUCAAGUGUAGGAGGAGUUGUGCUACCCAUCAUGGUCAACCGUCUUGUGGAUGAGGUCGGAUUUGGAUGGGCUAUGCGAUCCGUCGCCUUUCUGUUCUUAGGCCUGUGCACCAUUUCCAUCAUCACAGUCAAAUCGAGACUUCCGCCAUCGAAGCAACCGUUUGUGCUCCGAGACUUUAUCGCACCUUACAAAGAGGUUCCAUUCUUGCUCCUCACCAUCGGAGUAUGGAUUACCUACAUCGGCGGCUUCAUUCCUUUUACGUUCAUCAUUGUUCAAGCGAGAGCACAGGGCAUGUCCGACCAUCUUGCAAGCUAUCUCGUAUCCAUCCUCAAUGCUUCUUCGACUUUCGGACGAAUCAUUCCAGCGCAUCUCGGAGAUGUUUUCGGUGUCUUUAACGUCAUGAUUGUACUUUCUCUUGCAGGAGGACUCGCCAACAUAAUCUUCUGGUUGCCUACCACCGUUAUGUCCGCACAGAACACAAACGCCUUGAUCAUCGUCUUUGCGAUCGUGUACGGCUUCGCGUCUGGUUGCAUCUUUUCUCUCGUCCCGGCCAUGAUCGCAAAGAUCUCCCCAGAUCUCUCGAAACUUGGAGUCAGAACAGGAAGUUUGUACGUGGUAGCUGCUACUGGCGUAUUAAUUGGCAGUCCGAUUGCAGGCGUCAUCUCCUCUGGAGACGGGAAUGGGUUUCUGGGAUUAACACUUUUCUCUGGCUUGUUGCUGGUUGUUGGAACUGUUUUCCUGAUUCUCUCCAGAGUAAAGCUGACGGGAUGGAAGCUUAUGGCCAAAGCAUGA